GGCGGGGUCACACAUGUCUAUAUAACGGCGCGUACGACGUGAAGUCGCACACAGACUCGUUUGCUCUCUGCUCAUCUUUCAGGCUCCACACAGCUCAGUUCAGCUAUCUGGAGGAAGGACUGCUCAGGGGUGUGUCUGUUUGACAGAGGGCGUGUCCUAUGCUAGUCCCGCCUUCUAGGAGUUUGUGGGCUCCUGGCAGUGUUAGGAUGGCUGACGUCUUGCUGUGAGCACAGGAGUGAUAGCCUCACUGCUCGGAGUUGUCAGCGCGCUGGACGUUCCCUGAUCCCGGAUGCACCCAUGCAGGUUCUGCUAGAAAUGGCGUCUUCUUCCGAAACCUUGCAGCCAGCUGUGGAAGCUGGCGAUGUCGAUAGCGAAAAGACUUUUCUGGCUCCGCUCCCUCCUGUGCCGGCAGAUUUCCAGAACCAAGGCUUGAAAGAGGGGCUAGAGCCGAACCCCCCACGGGUCCCCCGAAACGGUUUUCAGGGUAAGAGGCGGAACAGCUUCAAUGUCGGCUUCAAGCACCCCACUCCAUUCAAGCGCCGGAGACGGGUCAACUCAGACUGUGACCCCGUUUUACCCUCCAACUUCCUCCUUGGGGGUAAUAUAUUUGACCCCCUGAACCUAAACAGCCUUCUGGAUGAGGAGGUGAGCCGUACCCUCAAUGCGGAGACCCCAAAGUCCUCUCCUCUCCCGUCCCGGAAUAGGGAUCCCGUUGAGAUUCUGAUCCCCAAGGACCUCUCGGAUCCAUUGAGUCUUAAUACUGGUUCUGGCGACGUUGAACUCCUGCUCUCCCCCCUGAAAAGUGGCCGGAAAAGGCAUCGACACCGCCACCACCUGUCGACGGACGCUCCCGUCAAGGCCCCCUUGGGGCAGGAAGCCGAACCCUUGCCAGAGGAACUCCGACCGUACGAACUCAACACCACCAUAAACUGCCGAGAUGAAGUCGUAGCGUUACCGUCCUUGGAACAUGAGGCCGCUGAGGGGUCCGCGCCACCCGCCACUGGCUCAGGCGGGCCAGGGUCUCGGCACCGUAAAAGGAGGAGGACCUCCAGCAAAUCUGAGGGGAGGCAAGGUAGCCCUGAGAAGGGCAAGAACUUGGCAAGUGUGGUGGCUGCUGUGAAGCCAGAAGGUAGCGCCGAGGCCCCCAAAGUCCACUGUCGGGGGCCCCAGCCUAAGGGCAAAAACCGUUUCCAGUUUGGCAAUUACUGCCGGUAUUAUGGCUACCGGAACCCAUCGCGGUCUGACGACCCGCGGCUACGGGCACUGAGACCGGACUGGUUCCGUAACAAGGCGGUACUGGACAUUGGGUGCAAUGUGGGGCACAUGACGCUGAACGUGGCCCUAAAACUGGAGCCGCUGCGUAUAGUAGGACUGGACAUUGAUGGCUCCCUGAUACAUGCCGCCCGCCAGAACAUCAGACAUUACCUUUCACAGUCCUCGCGAGGUGGCAGCGGCGGUUUCCCUGCAGCGUUGGCCGCUACCCGAGGACCCAUAGCUGCACCGAGCAUUCCCAGCACCGGCGGACAGGAGGAGGACAGGAGCGCCACGUUUCCACAUAACGUGGUGUUCGUGAAGGGUAACUAUGUGCUGGAUCGGGACGAGCUGCUGACGGUGCAGAGACCGGAGUAUGACAUCAUCAUGUGCCUCAGCGUCACCAAGUGGGUCCACCUCAACUGGGGCGACGAUGGCCUAAAGAGAAUGUUCAAGAGGAUGUACCGACACCUGAGACCCGGGGGCAUCCUGAUCCUGGAGCCGCAGCCCUGGUCCUCAUACGGCAAGAGGAAGAAGCUGACGGAAGCCAUCUACAGGAAUUUCUGUAAUAUCUCGCUGAGGCCGGAUCAGUUCACCGCCUACCUCAUGUCCUCCGACGUAGGGUUCUCCAGCUACGAGCUGCUCGCCACACCGUGCACCUCCGCAAAAGGGUUCCAGCGGUCUAUCUAUGCUUACCACAAGUCUGGGAUCCGGGAGGAACCGCCGCCGCCGCCAUCCGCGCCUCUCCAGGUUUAGAGGACGGCUUUUUUUUUUUUUUUUUUUUUUACCGCGCUCCCCUUUUAUUUUGUAUUGUUUCGGUGGGUGGGACAGAGUUUAUUUUUUUGCAUUUUCUGGGGUUUUGACCUUUGCCUGUUGCAGGAACAUUUGCAGAAUACAAGCUGUUAUAUGA